GCACAAAAGGGAAGGAAAUCAGUCCGUCCAAAUGUUCACAAGCUAAAGAAGGGGCUUCUGGAAUGGCAGGGUCUCUCAACCCCAACGCUGAGAAAAUUGCCUUCUCUUAAUUACUUGGCUGGGCAACCCUGGAGCUUCGGCCCCAGGACUAAUUUCUAGGUGGGGCCGCGUAGAGGAGCAGUGCGCACGCGUGCGCAGGGCACGGUCGCCGACGUGAUGCGCGCGGGGCGCGUGCGCAGCAGACCCGCACGGUGGCGCGUCCCCUCGUGGGGCUUCCGGGGUCGUGUUCUCGGCAUGGCCAUCUCGCUGUCGCCGUUGCUGACUCUGCUGUCGCUCCUCUCCGGCCCGUGGCUCGAACUAGGGAACGGGCAGAUGACCAACAUGGUCCAGCUACCAGGUGGGAGAUUCCAGAUGGGGACAAAUUCACCAGAUGGCAGAGAUGGUGAAGGACCUGUCCGGGAGGUGACGGUAAAACCCUUUGCCAUCGACAUAUUUCCUGUCACCAACAAAGACUUCAGGGAGUUUGUCAGGGAGAAAAAGUACCAGACAGAGGCUGAGGUGUUUGGGUGGAGCUUUGUCUUUGAGGACCUUGUCUCUGAUGAGCUUAGAAACAAAGCAACCCAGAAAAUGCAGUCUCUUCUCUGGUGGCUUCCAGUGGAAAGAGCAUUCUGGAGGCAGGCUCUCUCUUCCCACUUCCUUGCUCCAUCUGUGGUAAAAGCUGAACUCAGGCACCCUAAGCCUAGCCUUCCUCAGACUUCCACGAGCUCCCAGAAGCUUGUCUCACUUCAUCCUGGCUAUCAGCCUGCAGGUCCCGGCUCUGGCAUCCGAGAGAAACUGGAGCUCCCAGUGGUACACGUGAGCUGGAAUGAUGCCCGUGCCUACUGUGCUUGGCGGGGGAAACGGCUGCCCAUUGAGGAAGAGUGGGAGUUUGCUGCCCGAGGGGGCUUGAAGGGUCAGGUUUACCCCUGGGGAAACGAGUUCCAGCCAAACCGCACCAACCUGUGGCAGUCUAAAUUUCUCCCCCCUCAGGGAAGGUUCCCCAAGGGCGACAAGGCUGAGGAUGGCUUCCACGGAGUCUCCCCGGUGAACGCUUUCCCCCCACAGAACAACUACGGGCUCUCUGACCUCGUGGGCAACGUGUGGGAGUGGACAGCGUCACCAUACCAGCCUGCCGACCAGGACAUGCGUGUCCUCCGGGGGGCGUCCUGGAUCGACACGGCGGACGGCUCUGCCAAUCACCGGGCCCGGGUCACCACCAGGAUGGGCAACACUCCAGAUUCAGCCUCAGACAACCUAGGCUUCCGCUGCGCUUCCAGUGUAGGCCGACCACCUGGGGAGCUGUGAGCACCCACACAGAGACGAGAGGAGUCCCCCGUGGUACCCGUGGCACUCCCUGGCCACAUGCCAAACACAGCCAAACUCGGGACUGCGUCCAUCCCCUCCCCCAUCCUCUGCGGCAGGCACCUCUCCCCCGGGCAGGAAAGGACCCUGACCUCCGCGGAGGGGCGCCACUGUCUCUUGGAGAAGGGGCCCAACUUACUGAUUGUGCCCAGGAGCCGGAUGUUUCUCUUAGAGGUCAAAUAUUGACCGUAUGGGGGCCACAUACUCAAAACAGUUGGGGCACAGUGCUCUGAAAGGCAGUUUGUGAAAAAAUUUUAUAUCUGCUCCCUCCUCCUUUCUCGCUGUCUGACCCGGGGACCUGACAUUGUUUGCUCAAGGCAGAAUUUCCCCAGGUCUCCUUGUUUUCCCAGCAAGUUGCUGUAGAAGGAAAAUGAUUCCUUCAUUUGCUUUAUUUGUGGGGUUUCAUGCACCUCCAAGGGAACCUAGUUUCCACCGUAUGUGAAAUGCAGUUCUGUGGGCUCUUUAAAGCACAAUGUCAGUCUUAAAAGGGUCUAGGAGAACGACGGAUUUACCAGGCGCAACUGCGUAUCAUGGGAGGCACAGAGUGAAUAAUACUCCACAAAGACAAACAGCAGAAGCUUCCCUUUCUAUUAAUAGUUAUGUAAGGGCUGGCCUAUGCCUCUAAAAACAUGGCCCCAGAGAAGAACCUGCUCCCGUGGUGUCACUGGACUUUGUGAGGUCAGUAAAAUCUCCUGUGAUUGCAA